ACAAAGACAUUACACACACCAAUCAAACAAACCAAGAAAAAGAAUUCAAAACAAAGAAAACAAAAAUGGCAAGAAGCAUGAAGCUAGCAUGUGUUGUUUUGGUGAUGUGCAUGGUAGUUAUUGCGCCUAUGGCAGAAGCUGCAGUCUCAUGUGGAACUGUAACCGGUGAUCUUGCUCCAUGCCUUCCUUUUCUUACAGGCGGUCCUGGUCCGUCAAUGCCAUGCUGUGCAGGAGUGAAGAAGCUUCUUAGUGCCGCCCCCACCGUGCCUGAUAAACAGGCGGCCUGUAACUGCUUGAAAUCAGCUGCCGGUUCUAUUAACAAUUUGAAUGCUAACAAUGCUGCUGCUCUCCCAGGCAAAUGUGGUGUCAACAUUCCUUACAAGAUCAGUACCUCCACCAACUGUAACACCAUUAGGUUUUGAAGAUGAUGUUGCGGUUUCAAGAUUAUCAUAUGGAAACUUCUCACUAGUAUUAUGAGAGUUUACUAUUAAGAAUAAUAUCUAAGUGAGAGUGUUAUAGGAUCAUCUUGCAUGUGGUCCUAUCCUCUUGUACUAGAUCUACCAACUGUUUUCAGUGUCUCUUGAUGUAUUGUUGUAUUAAUCUACAUAAUGACGUAUUUUAAUUUGAGUUUAUGAUUUUAAA